GUGUAUUUCGUAAUUCUAAAUGCUUUAACUGUGGUGAAACUGGACACAUUCAGUCAAUUUGUAAUACCAUGCUUCAUUUUGCUGAAAGUAAUGCUAAAAUGGAUGCUUCUAAUGAUCAGUUAUCUUUAUCUAGAAGUGGUAUAACGUCACAUAGCAGUCCAGAGUUGAAUGAAACUCAGAAUCAUUGUGAGACAAAAAAUUUUAACCAACGAACUUAUUGGAUUUCUCAUGUCAUUGAACCAGAUAUGGUUUGUAGUAAUAAUUCACAUACUCCUGAUGGAAUUUCUUACAACUCUGAGAAUAGAAUGUUAAAUGAGUCAAAUCAUGAUCAAAAACCAAAUUCAGUCAUGGUAGAUGCUGAAUUCCCUGAUGAUCCAUUAUCUAAUGAAACUCUUAAUCAAUUUGAGGAAAAUAUUUUCGAAGAAUCGAAUUCUGAUAUCAUAUCAAGUGUCAGUGGUCCUCACAAUCAAUUUAUCUCUAAUGAUAUUCCUAAUGAAUGUGAAAAAUAUGUUCCGAAUGAGUCGAAUUCUAGUCAUAUUUCUGAUGUUAUUGUGUCAGAUGUUGGACACUCUCACGAACAAUGUAUGUUGAAUAGAAUCCCUAGUCAGGAGUAUAAUGAAUCAGAGGGGAUAGCAAAAUUUAUCGGAAUAAUCAGAAAACCAGCUUGCCCAGAAGUGAAGUUUGCACAGACAGAGAAUCCAAAUCAAGUCCAAGAUUAUCCUAAUGAAUAUGAGGCAGAUGAAUGUUUUCUAUUCGAUUGUUUCGCAGGUAAAUCGAGCCUCGUUGAAUCACAUGUAUUAAUUACAUAUAUCAAUGCAUAUCCAUCUGUGUAUUCUAAUAUGAAUAACAAAAAGAAUAUGUAUCAUGAUUUUUAUUCAAGUCAAAGUCACAUGAUGGAAUACCUCAAAUGAUAUAUCAGUGUUUAUCCCCAAAUACUCACAUACAGUAGUCGAUGCGUGAGAUUUGAGAAGAUAAUGCAAAUUGGGAGCGUCAUAUUGGCUAAAACAUUGCGACGUAAGGACCGAACAUUAUUUAGCGGAGGAGGAUAUUGUUGGAAAUUCUAUGAUGCAAAUUCUAAAUAUCAAUGGCUUCACUACAAAAUCGACAUGCUGGUUGUAUACAAUUCCGGAACCCAGGUGAGUCUGUUCCAAUUUCGGUUGUUAAUUCUAAUACUUACGAGUACAUUCUAGAUAAUACAGAGUCUACAUCCAAUACACUUUCGGACCGAUGUAAGAUGAACUUAAGAAGAAGAACAAUCGAUUACAGACACUUACACUCCAAUUCGAGCUGUGGCGGUUGUGGUGUUUAAAUAAACCAAUGACUUCUUCGUAUUGAUGACUGUUGUGAUUUUGAAUUCCAAAUACAAUACAUUCGUUCGGGCUC